UCCAUAUCAUUUGUGUUGGUACAAAAUCGUGUUGACAAGUUACCGAACCAAGCUUUAAAAAAUUAGCUUGUUAUUAUAUUAGUGUCAGAAAAUCGUUAUAUCAGUCAUUAUUAGAGUUCGUUAUAACAUUGACAUCGUUAUUGUCAUUCCAGUGAAGAAAUGUCGACGCCAUUUGAGAAGCCACAAAUUAUAGCUCACGUUCAGAAAAGCUUGAACUACACAGUGUUUGACAGUAAAUGGAUUCCUUGUAGUGCAAAGUUUGUCUGUCUGGGAAACUAUGCAAGGGGCACCGGAGUGAUGCAAAUAUACGAGGUGGAACAUGGAGAGGUUAAACUCGUAAAAGAGAUCGAGAAAGCAAAGCCCAUCAAGUGUGGUACAUUCGGGGCCAGCUCUCUACAACAAAGACAUAUAGCAACUGGGGACUUUGAUGGAAAUCUCAAUAUAUGGAACCUGGAGGUGCCUGACGUGUCUGUGUACUCUGUGAAGGCCCACAAGGAGAUCGUGAACAGCAUAGAUGGUGUCGGGGGUCUGGGGAUCGGUGACGGGGCCCCCGAGAUCGUGACUGGGAGCAGAGAUGGGACAGUGAAGGUGUGGGACCCCAGACAGAAGGACUCACCUGUGGCUAACAUGGAGCCAGGGGAGGGGGAGGCCAAGAGAGACUGCUGGACCGUAGCUUUUGGCCACGCCUUCAAUGACCAGGACCGCUGUGUGUGUGCUGGCUACGACAACGGAGACAUCAAGCUCUUUGACCUCAGGAACAUGUCUCUCCGGUGGGAAACCAACAUUAAAAAUGGGGUAUGCCACGUGGAGUUUGACAGGAAGGAUAUCAACAUGAACAAGCUAGUGGCCACUUCAUUGGAGGGGAAAUUCCACGUCUUUGACAUGAGGACCCAGCACCCCACCAAGGGCUUCGACUCCGUUUCCGAAAAGGCCCAUAAAUCGACUAUCUGGCAAGUGAGACAUCUGCCCCAGAACAGAGACAUCUUUAUGACGGCAGGAGGAGCUGGGAACCUUCAUCUAUGGAAAUAUGAAUACCCUGCUCAGAGGAUUAAGAAGGACUCAGAUGAGGUGGACAUGGGCGUGGCCGGCACUGUGAACCUGCUGCAGAACGUCACUCUGUCCACCCAGCCAAUCGCCAGCCUGGACUGGAGCCCCGAUAAGCAGGGCCUGUGUGUCUGCUCCGCCUUCGACCAGUCCGUCCGCGUCCUCAUCGUGACCAAGCUCAACCGUGUGUGAGGUGUACGGUGAAGUACCCCUAGGCGCUGAACUUGGGUCAGUUUUGCAUCCCCCCCCCCCCCCACACUAAUGGGUAUGGUUAGUCCCAGACUGACCUGGACACCACCAGAUGGGGGAGGGAGGAGGGGGGUACAUCAGAAGCAGGUGUAUGAAAGCUGUGGCCAUUCAAUGUACCUAAUUAGCAAAGUAAUGUCGGUGGUGAACACCAGCAGGACUGUGACCCAACUAGCUAUCUAUCUUCAAGGCCUGCUAGUCCAAGUUAAAAUUACUAACAGAACACCCAGUUGGCCUCCAUGGAUGGCAGUGAGAAACUCUCUCUCUCUCUCUCUCUCUCUCUCUCUC